AUGUCUCCGUCCACAGCAUACUCGUCGACGCCGCCCAAAAUCACGCCCGCCUCUCGCGAGGGUGACGCCAACUACAAGGCGCCCAUCUUCCCCAUCGGCCCCUUCACAAAGUAUGAGCAGAACCCGCUCCUGGUGCCCAACCCCAAGAACGAGUUUGAGUCGGGGUACAUCUACAAUGCGGCCGCCAUCGUCCUGGACGACACCAUCUUCCUCCUCUACCGCGCGCAGAACCCCCAGCUGAAGUCCAGCGUCGGCCUGGCCUGGUCCACCGAUGGCUUCAACUUCACCCGUCUCGACCGGCCUGUGCUGGAAGCCAGCGAGCCUUGGGAGGCCGGUGGUGGCGUGGAAGACCCGCGCAUCGCGCGCUUCGACGGCGUCUUUUACAUGACCUACACCUCCUGGGACUUCAAGACACCGCGUCUGUGCCUCGCCACGUCGACGGAUUUGGUGCAUUGGGAGAAGCGCCCACCUCUGUUCCCGAACAUGAAGGACGUCGAGUUCAAUAGCGAGGGGCGCACCCUGUAUCGCGAAGGACAUUCCAAGUCGGGUGCCAUCUUUCCUGAGAAGAACGCCGAGGGCCGCUAUGUCAUGAUCUUUGGCGACUCGCAUCUGUACCUCGCCGAGAGCGACGACCUGCUCAACUGGACUGCCAAGCCGUUCAGUGAGCACUUCGCAGCGCCCACCCUUGCAUGGGAAAGCCGUCUGCUUGAGCCCGGCCCAGCUCCCGUCAAGACUCGCGACGGAAAGUGGAUUCUUGUGUACAACGCCGCGACGCUCGGGACGGCUCGCUACCGCAACAACCAGUAUUCCAUCAGCCAGAUGCUCAUCGACUACCAGCAUCUUGAGAACGGCCCGGUCGCUCGACUGGAUCAGCCGUCAGUGGUGGUUUCGGCUCAGAACGAGCGCGAGGGCCUGGUGAACGAGGUUGUCUUCACCGAGGGCAUGGUGCAGUUCAAGGGGCAGUGGUUCCUCUACUUUGGACAGGCGGAUAGCGAAUUGGGGGUAGCAACGGCGCCUGUAAACUAG